CAUGUCUUUCCCGGCCAAAGUGAUGCGAGACGGGCUGCUGGAGAAGCGCAGCAGCGGGCUCCUCCAGCUGUGGAAGAAGAAGCGCUGCGUGCUCACCGAGGAAGGACUGCGCCUGCACAACUGCAAAGGCGGCGGUGGCGAUGAUGCUCCGAGCGCAGCGUGGAGCUCCAAAGCCAAGGAGCUCCGCUUUGAGCGCAUGGCCACGGUGGACUGCGUGGAGUACAAGCGAGGGCUGGUGUACUUCACGGUGGUCAUGGUUACCGGGAAGGAGAUAGACUUUCGGUGUCCGCAGGACGGCACAGCGUGGAACGCGGAGAUCGCUUUGGCACUGGUGCGCUUUAAAAACCUGCAGGCUGUGCAAACGGGACGGAACAGGCACCUGUCCACAGCACACCUGGGCAGCACUGGGGAGGAUGAGGAGCUCUGACCUAGCACAGCAUUUCUACUUCCUGGAAACAAACCAAUCAGAGUGGAGACCAGCAGAGGACACCACAUCCGUCAGCUUGACUCUGUCGUGCACGACAUGAUGGGAUAUACACUAUGGCCAUCAGUGAAUAUGGAUUGAAGGGCUGAGAACUGGUCUUCCUACAUGACCUUUGUCAUGCUGUCAUACAAGGCAUAGGAAUCUCUUAUACUAAUUUAUAAGCAUGGAUAAAAAAAAAAAAAUCUGUCAUGACCUCGCUGCUUGAGGUCAUUGUGGAGACCACUGCAUAAGAAAAAGGUUAUUGUGAAAGAGACUGUGGAUCUAGGACACCCCUUGUGCCUUGAUGUUUCAAACAGAUUUUCCAUUUUGGACAUAAUUUCCCAGCGUUUUCUAACGUUGCUGAAACAGGAGCCAAUUUAUUUCUUGCUUUUCAUGGAA